AAAUGAGCACCAAACCUGCUAUUUAACCAUCAACCCUGUUCUCUAGAUUCUGUUGAUUAGUCCCCAGGAGCUGGAUCAGUUGGUAAGUUGGUGGUAUGUUUGCAACAUGGAGCGACGGUUCGAGUGUCGCCAGUUGCAAUGUGGGAUAUUAUCCCCGUUUACUGGCUUAAAGCCUCGAACAACCAUCAACUUGCCAACCCAGCAUUCACCCUAAUUUACCUUCCUCCUACAAUACCAUGGGACAGGCGUAGGGGGCCGCUGGACAGCGGAACCCGCCUUUUUACAGCUUGCAGCAUAGAUUCUGUUGAUUAGCUUAUUUGUCGACUUAGUGAAUAAUGAGCAGUCUCUUUAUUCACUAAGUCGGCAAAUAAGCUAAUCAACUGAAUCGUGAGCAAUAUCUGGAAAUAUAGAAAACAAAGGAUGACGAUACACUCCAGAAAACAACUAUAAAUAACUCCAUGGAACUUGUGAAAUAGUCGACUCGGGUGAGAUGCAUCCAAGAUUACGGCAGCAUGGAUGAGCACAGCGAUUAUGUCAGGCUGGUGACACCGCAAACAAAUUAGUCAGAAAUAUAAAUAAUUAGUAUAACCAUGUUAACCAAAUGUUUUCCUACCAUUUUUGGGUGAAUUUGCAGGUCUAGAUCCUAACCUUCUUGUACUAAAAAAUUGAAGGGGAGGCUGACAUGCCCCUCCACUCCUCCCCUGGCAAGCCCUAUAUAUGUUUCAGUUCGCUAUGCAUUCACUGUGCCGCCAACCGGGGUUGAAUAAGGAGAGGGGCUCCAGCUAAAUUACUAUGGCAGCUGCGCUCCUCUCCAACGUCACAGACCACGCCUCCCUCCCCAGCAGCUACGUCCGGCCAGAGUCCCAAAGGCCGUGCCUAGAAGAAGUAAUCACCAAUGCUAACAUACCUACAAUUGACCUCACCUCCUUCGACGUUGUAGCCCAAGUUGCCCAAGCCUGCUCUUCCUACGGCUUCUUCCAGGUGGUGAAUCAUGGAGUAGAGGUGGAGUUGAUACAGGAGAUGAUGGAGGUGGCUUUGGAGUUCUUCCGGCUGCCGGCGGAGGAGAAGGCGAAGCAUUACUCCGAUGACCCUGCAAAGAAGAUGCGGCUGUCGACGAGCUUCAACAUAAAGAAGGAGACAGUGCGAAAUUGGCGAGAUUACCUCCGCCUCCAUUGUUAUCCACUUGAUGAGUUUGUGCCCACUUGGCCUUCCAAUCCGCCUACGUUCAAGGAAGUGGUGAGCACUUACUGUAGUGAAGUCCGCCAACUGGGGAUGAGGCUCCUCCGAGCAAUAUCUUUGAGCCUGGAGCUGGAGGAGGAUUACUUGGUGAAGGUGCUGGGGGAACAAGAGCAGCACAUGGCGAUCAACCACUACCCCAAGUGCCCAGAACCGGAGCUGACUUAUGGCUUGCAAGCCCACACAGAUCCUAAUGCCCUUACCAUCCUUCUCCCGGACCCAACUGUGGCUGGCUUGCAAGUUCUCAAGGAUGGCCAAUGGAUCGCUGUCAAUCCCCAGCCUAAUGCAUUGGUCAUCAACAUUGGAGACCAACUGCAGGCAUUGAGCAAUGGGAGAUACAAGAGCGUACAGCAUCGAGCUGUAGUUAACAAGGAUAAGGGUAGGACAUCAGUGGCGUCUUUCCUGUGCCCUUGCAACAACGCAAUAAUCAGCCCACCGGAGAAGCUGAUCACGGAUGGAUCUCCAGCCAUGUACCGGAGCUACACCUACGAUGAGUAUUACAAGAAAUUCUGGAGCAAGAACUUGGAUGAUGUGCAUUGUUUGGAGCUCUUUAAAAGCUAAUUAUCUAACAAUGUAAAAGUAUCAAUGCCCCUACUGAUUUUCCUUGAAAUGGUGGGAUAGUGCCCCGCCAACUAAGUCGUAACUACGUAUUUUUGUUCUAGAAUAAAAAUGCAAGCCCCACAGUUGGACGCACGCGCUUGAUUAUGAUAAAAAUGUAAUGAAGUUCUCAACCAUAGUCUAUGUGAAAGGAUGUGCCGUUGUACCAUUUGAUCUACACUAACGAUACUAGA